UCUAUGAUCGUUUGUACCUGUUUGUUGAUUGUUGUGGUUAAUGUUACGUGACCUGUUCAGAAGCCGAAAGUUUUUGUGUUAUUUCGUAACGUAAUUUUGUCAAUUUAAAGGUGAUUUUAUUUUUCAAGAGUACGUUUAUUGGAAUUGUGGAAUACUUAGAGAACUGUAGUUCUGCAGGCUGCGACUCGCGAUGACGGAUGACCAGCUGCAGAUGCCGGGCGAUGGCGAGGCGGGCGCCAAGCGGGAUGGCGAGCUGCCCCAGAAGGACGCCGGCAUGGCGGUGCUGAAGCGGAAGACCAUCGAGCUAAUGGGCUCGGCGGAGGUGGUCAAGCAGGACCUGUGCGCCCUGGACGAGGUGCCGGCCCCGCUGCCCUUCAAGAGCCAGCUGGCGCGCACCAGGGACUACGCCGACACGCUGUUCACCUCCAUCAACAAGCUGUCCAGCAUCCUGGAGAAGGCCAGCUCUGAGCAGAACAAGAUUGACCUAGCUCUUGAAGAGCUUUAUUCCGAGCUUCAAGAAUAUGAACACGAAGAUGGGUCAUCAUUCCCGUACGGUGUGAAGGUCAAGGGCUUGCACACACGUUACAUAAAGGAUCUGAGGCUGCUCAUCGAGAACAUGAUCGGCACGGGGCUGGUGAAGUUCGAGCCCACGCCACGCAACAGCUCCUUCGUGGGCAUCUGCUUCCGGGAGGAGGAGCAUCUGGAGGAGGCCUUGAAGCUGUUCCGCAGCAAGCCGCUCGGCCUCAACCUCAAAGUGAUGUCGGCAGACGAGAAGACCGACUUGUUGCCGGAUGAUGGAGGGGAUGGCCAUGACCCAAUGAGACUGCUGCAAGAAGCCAUGCAGGAAGGCGGUCCCACCAAUGAGACGGACUACAAGCAACAGCUGGUGUGGAAGGAGCAGGUGAUCCGCAGCUCGCUCGACACGCUCAGCAAGGUGCUGGAGCAGCACCUGUCCGUGGUCGUCAAGGACCGCACCGACGACCUGCUGUUCAAGGUGGAGCCGCUGCGCCACACCGAGCUCACCGAGACCCUGUCCGAGCGCUACCAGACCUUCACAGGCAUGGACACCAGGACGGGCCGCGUGGGUCUGGGCUUCCGCGCGCUCGGCUCGCACGUCCCGUCUCGCGUGCUGCGCUCCCAGCACAUGAUCAAGGUGGUCGAGGUGAUGGAGGAGUUCAUGCUGCAGUCGGGCCGCAGCCUGCACUGCCCGGAGAACCGCAAGAACGAGCCGUUCUGGGUGUCGCUGGCGGUGCGCUCCAACUUCGAGGGCAAGGUGAUGCUGAUCAUGACGAUCCGGCUGCGCAACGAGCAGAAGGCCCCCCGGGAGCUGGAGAAGCUCCAGAAGGAGCUCACCAUGCUGUUCAACUCGGAGGAGGGCAAGAGCUGCAACGUGGUGUCCGCCCACGUCAAGAUCAUGAUCGGGAACCGGCCGGACUUCCGCCGCAUCUGGGGCCUGAAGAGCCUGGUGGAGCGGGUGGGCGACGUGUCGGUGCGCAUCCACAACAACACGUACUUCUGGUCGUACCCCAUCGGGGUGCGGCUGCUGUGCGAGACCAUCGAGUCGUCCCUGGACCUCACCGAGGAGACCGUGGUGCUGGAGCUGGGCGUCAACACCGGCAUCAUCGGCAUGUGGCUGUCCAAGAGCUGCAGGCUGGUGUACGAGCUGGACCGCGUGGAGGAGAACCUCAUGCACGCCCGCAGCAACGCGCUCAUGAACGAGAUCAAGAACAUGAUGUACAUCCACGGCUCGCUGGAGCUGUCGCUGGAGAACCUGGCGGAGGAGCUGGCACAGUACAAGCGCAUCGUCGCCGUCAUCAACGACACCAACAACAACGCCCGCGUCCCCUCGGAACUGCGGGCGGUCCAGCAGUGCGCGAUGAUCGAGAAGGUGGUGUACGUGAUGAUGGUCAACAAGAACUGCACACACAACCUCCGCGCGCUCUGCAAGCCGGAGGACAAGGGCGGAGAGCCCUUCGUCAUUGUCAAGGUGGUGCCGCUCGACAUAACCCCGCACAUCAUUCUGUCGGAAGUGGUGGUGGUCCUGGCGCGGCCGUCCGUGCUCGGGAAUGCCGUGGAGACGCGGAAGAUAGAGCCGGUGCUGUCCAGCAUCAGGAAAGCUGACUUUGACAACGAGCCGGGAGCGAAGAGGCUCAAGUUGAUGAACCCGGGGCGAGACUUUGAAAGGGGAAGGAACCGGAACUCCGAGGGUCUGCAGUCGCUGCUGAGUAUGCCAGUAAAGCCUCCGCCCAGGGACAGGCAGAUAAAGAUGCAGCACGUGAGGAAGGCGAUCAUGCAGUCGCUGCUGAGUCGAGACAUCCACAUCCCGAAGAACGCAGCCAUGCAGGUCGAGCAGGCGGUGCUGUCUGCCAUCGAGAACGUCGGCCUGCUGGAAGGGGUGCAGCCUGACAAGUUCCCGAGGAAUGCCUUCCACCCCCCACCGCCGCCGCCGCCCAUGCAGGGCAGCGGGGGGCCGGGCUUCAUGGGCCCGCAGGGGUUCCAACCGCCCCAGGCCCCGCCUCAGCUGCCCCCGCAGGGCUUCGACCAGUCGUACGGCGGCUACCAGGGCGUGGACGUGAACCGAGGCUGGGGCCCCGUCAGCUACCCCACCAACUACCCCUCAGGCUCUAACAACUACCACUACCAGGGCUUCACGCAGCAGCCCCCGCGUGGGGCGGGCGUGGGCGGUAGUGGCAUUGCUGGCAACGCUGUUGGUGGCGUAAAUGCCCAGCAAUGGGGUUACAGAGGAAACUUUGGGCCGCCGCAGAGGCCGGUGGCCCCUCCCAACUUCAGGGCCUAGCUUACCGUGUCACCGGGCACGCCGUGUGGUAAAACAUCUUGUGUCACCGGGCACGCACUCCGGGGUCUUUCGAUUGUGUUGGACUUUGCCUGGCACUCGUCAUGUUUGGCUUUCCACUCGUAGUUUUUAUUUGCAUGCUUUUAACUAUUCUGUGGGUUCCGUUUGCUGACGGAACUAUGUGUUGAGUGUAGAGGGUGAGCACCUCAAUUGAGAGAGGAUCGAAUGUCUACGGUUAACGUAGAGUAGUUGUUAAUUUGACUUUAAAGCAGUUACAAGUUAGUAGAAAUGAACCAGCCAAAAUGUGUUCAAUUGAUAUUUUGUAUCAUAUUGUGUAUCUUUGUGACAAAAUCUGGAAAAGAUAGUUUUAGGUUUUGUUUAUUUUAAUAGUAGUGAAAAACAAAGUUUUAAGUUUUUAGUAUGACAUUGGAAAUUUCGGAGCAUUUUUUUUUUUCUCCAUACAAUUUCUGCAAUAGGCUACUUGUUGCAAAUUAUUUUGAUUUAAAGGAAAAUAUUUAACUAGCAGUCACAAAGUGAUUUAUAUAUAAGUAACUGCAGCAUUACGUGAUUUGGUUCGCUUUUGUGUCCUAUAUUCAUCUUCAUGUGAAAAAGUGUUGUAGACCAUUUAAAAUUAUUAAUAAAGUCAGUGAGUGUUUAAAACUUCAAA